CAUGUCGGCCGAGGAGAUGGUGCAGAUCCACCUGGAAGGCCGCUGCUUCCCGGUGAGCAAGCGCAAGCUGAUCGAGCAGAGCGACUACUUCCGCGCGCUCUACCGCUCCGGCAUGCGCGAGGCGGCGCGGCCCGCGGCGGGCCCCGAGGUGCAGCAGCUGCGCGGCCUGAGCGCGCCCGGCCUGCGGCUGGUGCUGGACUUCAUCGACGCGGGCGAGGGCUGGCCGCUGCGCGCUCAGGGCGACGACGAGCUGCUGGGCGAGCUGGUGGAGGCCGCGUCGUUCCUGCAGGUCACCGCGCUGCUGCAGCUGCUGCUGUCGCAGGUCCGGCUGGGCAACUGCCUGCAGCUGUACCGGCUGGCGCAGGUGUACGGGCUGCCCGACCUGCAGGACGCCUGCGUGCGCUUCAUGGCGCUGCACUUCCACGAGGUGCUGUGCAAGCCGCAGUUCCGGCUGCUGGGGGCCCCGGCGCCGGCGCCCGGGGAGCCCAGCCUGCGGCAGAGGCUGGGGGAGGCGCGCAUGAGCGGCACCCCGGUGCUGGUGGCGCUGGGGGACUUCCUGGGGGGCCCGCUGGCCCCGCACCCCUACCAGGGCGAGCCCCCGUCCAUGCUCAGGUACGAGGAGAUGACCGAGCGCUGGUUCCCGCUGGCCAACAACCUGCCCCCCGACCUGGUGAACGUCAGGGGCUACGGCUCGGCCAUCCUGGACAACUACCUGUUCAUCGUGGGCGGGUACAGGAUCACCAGCCAGGAGAUCUCUGCGGCGCACUCCUACAACCCCAGCACCAACGAGUGGCUGCAGGUGGCCUCGAUGAACCAGAAGAGAUCUAACUUCAAACUUGUGGCCGUCAGUUCAAAGCUCUAUGCCAUUGGCGGGCAGGCCGUUUCUAAUGUGGAGUGCUAUAGUCCUGAGCAGGACACGUGGAAUUUUGUGGCGCCCUUACCAAACCCUCUGGCUGAGUUUUCUGCAUGUGAGUGUAAGGGGAAGAUUUACGUCCUUGGAGGAUACACCACCAGAGACCGCAACAUGAACAUCCUGCAGUACUGCCCCUCCUCCGACCUCUGGACGCUCUUCGAGACCUGUGACGUCCACAUUCGCAAGCAGCAGAUGGUGUCGGUGGAGGAGACCAUCUACAUCGUGGGCGGGUGUCUCCACGAGCUGGGCCCCACCCGCAGGGGCAGCCAGAGUGAGGACAUGCUCACCGUGCAGUCCUACAACACCGUCACCCGGCAGUGGCUCUACCUCAAAGAGAACACAUCCAAAUCGGGCCUGAACUUGACUUGUGCGCUGCACAAUGAUGGCAUCUACAUCAUGAGCAGAGAUGUCACCCUGUCCACCAGCCUGGAGCACAGAGUCUUCCUCAAGUACAACAUCUUCAGCGACAGCUGGGAAGCCUUCCGGCGCUUUCCAGCCUUUGGGCAUAACUUGCUGGUUUCCUCUCUCUAUCUGCCUGACAAAACAGAGACGUGACUGACGGGACGGUGUUUAAAAGAGAUAUGGUUCAAGACCAAAAAGUGGCAGCUCUUUGGAAGACUGAUUUCUACCGGGAAAAAGGGGGUUGAUGUAGGUCAUGCAUAGAGGAGGCGCCGCUGUAAAUAAGCUUUCUUCAACUAAUUACUUGAAAACUUGUGAAAAAAGAGAGACCAACGUUACUCCUUUUUAAAUCAUUGCCUUUUAAGUUGUGGGAACCAAUUCAUGAUCAGUUUCAUCCAAACCUGAUACUCUCGGGCCAAUGACUACAGAGACAGGUUGAAUCUGCUUUGGUAAGGGACCGAGGUCAGCAGCUGAAGAUGGUGAGGGUGAAGGUGGUUUGGUUUGGUUUGGUUUGGUCCACCUGGUGGUGCUGGAGGUGGAACCCGGGGCCUCACACAUGCCAGUCCAGGAAAGAUUACUUUAGAAUCUGUUUCGCAUAGGUUGCUGAGGUACCUUUAGGGUAGUGAGUGUGGGCCUUUCUAUGUUGUUUGUAGUUGAACAAGCGUGAGUAUGAAGCUGUCAGCCCUGUGCCCUCGGUACCCACGGAUACUUCAGUUUGUCAUGUCAAGUUUCUCUGUUCAGUUGUUUUACUGAGUACUACUACUUUUCAGAAACACUAGCAGGUGUGUCCAGCCCUUUGACACUGAGAAAUUACAUUAUCGGCUAUAAAAUUCAUGCUUGAGAAUUGCACAGUUGAGUGACAUAAAAAAAAAAAAAACCCAGUGUUUUAAGUUCACAGUUUUGUGUUGGGCCAUGGUCCUGACCAUCCUUGAGGCCCGCAGGCUGCAGGUGGGACAUCUGUGUGCCAGCUCCUCCUUGCACUCAGAACUUUUCUCAGUUUUUGUUGCAGUUAAGGAUACUGAAUCAGUAGGCUGGUACCACCUCAUAUGUGGCCAGUGCAGGGCUGCGUGAGCUGCGUUGUGAAGCUUUCUGUAUUGUUUAGAGUAGAUACAAACAUAUUUUAUAAAUUGAGUCUUAAGUUUGAGGAGAGAAGGAAAUACCAAAUGGGAAAAGAUUGCCUUUAAGAGUUACUUUUAUUGAGUGUCUUUGACAGUUCUUGUUACAAGAUUUUUUAAAAAGCCCAGCUUUACGGCAUUUGAGAGAGGACGCCUUCUAACUUAACAUUAAUCUCAGCUGUGUGAUUCCGGUUGGGCCUUUGUGGUCCAAGGGGAGGCAGAGAAGUUCUUUACCAACGUGGAUUGGCCUCUGUGGAGUUUCUGAACUGAGGUCAGUUGCUGGCCUGCCCUCAAUGGGAUCUCAGAUGGCUCUCACCCCAACAGCAGCAAACAGCUGGAGAGGUCUCACCAAGUUAAUGUGCAAAAGGACCUGCCAAUCAUAGGCCUGUGCCCCUUAAACGUACUCAAGGCCCUCAGCUGUGGUUUAAUCUCCACUUUCAACAGCAGUGGCAACAAAGCCCGUGCUUGCAGGAAUUUACUUUUGAUUGAAGAGCAUGUGCUGUGCUCGCCUGCUGUCUUCUAGUGGAAUCAGUUGAGUGAGCUACACUCUACCAGCCCCAGCAGUGGGCAGAGAAACCCUUUCAGUUACAGCCACCUCACUUUAAAAAAGCCCCACAAGAACAGAAACUGUCCAGGUCGAUUCACUGCACAGUGGCUCUUGAAGUGGCUGGUCAUGGGGUAGGGGUAGGGGUGCCCCUCAAUGGUUUUGUGAAGGGGUCACUGCAGGAUUUCUUUACAGCCAUGCCUCUAGUAUGCUUAACCAAGAGCCUAGUUAUAAAAGUCUUUGCACAGCUCUUCAGGAGUUCUGUCAGCCUUCAUUUUGGACCUGGUGACAGAGCUUAGUAUCUUGUUACCAAAUGUAUCAGUAGUUAUUCGAUCAGUAAUUGACUUAGAGAUACUGUUGAAAGCGUCCAGGCCAUUUCUAAGCCAUUUCUAUUUUCAUACACUAAACCUGGUGUUUUUCUUCGUUUUUGGAGACAGGGUUUUGCCUUGUAGUCCAGGCUAGCCUCCAACUUGGGAUUCUCCCAUCUCAGCCUCCUAAGUGCUGGGAUUAUAAACCUGUUGCCACCAUUCCUGACUUCCUUUAUUUUGUUAUUUUUUUUAACUGUUUUGUAUGUCAUUCUUUUGAAAAAAGAAAAAAGAAAUCUGAACUGAAAUUUUUACUAAAAUGGUACUUAUACAAUAGAUUUCUUUUCCGUUAGAGUCAUGAUAGAAUUGAAUUUCUUGGAACCUAUACUUUUAUUAUAUGUGUACUUUAAAAUCUAAUUUUUGUUGCUCUGGAGUUUUAAUGUAUAAAGGCUUAGUCCUAUAUAUUCAGAGGAGGCUAGCCAGUUGAAUUAGCAUUGGACAAAGGAUGGGUAAUUAUCUUAUAUAACCACAUAUAAAAAGUACAGUAUUGUGGUCCGGUGUGGCGAUACACGCCUUUAAUCCCAGCACUCGGGAGGCAGAGGUAGGUGGAUCUCUGUGAGUUGGAGACCAUCUGGUCUACAUAGUCAGUUGUAGGCCACCUGUCUCAAAAAGACAAAAUUUUAAAGUACAGUAUUGUUCCAGCCGGUCUCCCAAUUCUCUUCUUGAUCAUAUUCUUUGGAUAUAUUUCCUGAUGCCAGCAACUUGAUUCUUGGACCAAAUGUGGACUGCCAUCCUCGGAGCACAGGCUUGGCACAUGUGCCCAGGCACAUUACUGGGUGCAGGUGUGGAUGCUGCUUGCUACACUUCUAAGAUGCAGACUCUUUGCUGCCAUGUACUUGGGAAGGACAGACAUGCCAUAGGACUGGGUUCUGUGACGUCUCUCCUGGCGCCAUCACCUGUGAACAGCCUGAGGCUUCUCGUAGUUUACGUGUUCCCUGUGGGUAUUCCACCCAGGGUGAAGACCAUGUGUCUCCGGAAGCCUCUCCUACUUCAGACCGCCCCUUCCUAUCUGACAGCAUCUCUGUACUUCCUUUCCCCUUUGUCUUUCUUCCUUGAAAUGCUUCUGAGGGGUACUGACCCCCCACUAUGGGUGGGAAAUGACCAGGGGGACCCCCAGUCAGAGCUGCCUUCCAGAACCCCCCAUUUGAACAGGAUGGUGUGAUGGUAGAGUGGAGUGGGGUUGGUGGAAGGUAGCUGCUCCCUGUCACAGUGGCCUUUGGGCAUGCCUGGUUUUGGAGGCCUGUCCCUGGAAAGGUUCCAUGAUGACUGUGUGAGGGUUUGAUGACUUCUUCAGCCUGGCCUAAGUCACAGAGAAGAACCCAGAAGGCCGGGAAGGCUGGUAAGAGAGACAGAAGGCUCAAGGUUAAGCAUGAAGCCAAAGAGAAUUUAACCCGCUGGAUGUCUGUGUUUUUUUGUUUUUAAAGUCAAGAACUGUAGUCAUUCCAGAUGCCUUUGUUUCCAGGCUGGUUGAGGGAGUGCUGGGGCGGCUCUCUUCAGACUUCCAGGCAAAGUUGUAACCCUGGUCUGCCACAGUGGCAAACGGAGAGGGUGGGCCCUGAUGUCUUUGUCAACCAGUGUUGAGUGAGCAGAAGCUUAGUGCAGCUGACCAGAGAGGGUCUGCACAGCGGAGGGCAGAUAGGGAGUGUGGCUUGCUACCCCAGGAGUGGGGAAUACAUGACGUCAGUGCUUUCCCAAAGUGUUAGGGAGACAUGUGCACUCCCUGUGUGUGUGGGGUGUGUGAUCCCAACGGCCAUGUCAGUGCUUCCCGGCACCCCUGCCCGCCCACACUGCCUGAAACAGGCACGAAGGGAUGGGAGAGCCAGUGACUCGUGGGGCUUUGGAAGCAGCUGCCUCAGUUAAACUCCCAGUGACCCGGAGCACCUGAGUGCCCAUCUGUGCUAAGAACUGUGGACCCCCUUUCCAAAUGGCCAUAGUCCCUGAUCUUACAGGACGUACAGCCUUCUGACAGUGGUCUCUCUUUUCAACUAGGGUGUUGUCAAGGAUGUCCACUUUUGUCAGGCCUGUGGGGCUCUGGUCUGGUGGCCUCUUCCAUCUUGGGCCAGUCUGCCCAAUGCUUUGUGAUUUAAUAAUAAUCCCCGAGAGCCAAUUUUUCCUUAACCCUGAACAUGACAUCUUGUGUUUCGGUUUUACUGUGUGCUGUUAUAAACAUUACUUUUAUAGUCCUUGCCCUUUACCUUUUGUGAAAACACGAGAAUGACGUGGAAUCUCUUACUUGGAAAUAUUCACUCCACACGGCCGCCUUUGCAGUGGUGAGCUGGGCGGAUCUAGUGGCAGGAGGGAGGCGGGCGGCAGGGGUUUGUUGUGAGCAAGCUCACCGCUGGUGAACUUAGAUCCACACCUUUUCUCCCACAGAAAGGACUGAGAGAAAUGCUUGCUCUGACACUAGUUCACUGAUGUCAGUUGAGUUCGCCUUGCUGAUAAUUAUCAGAUGGUUUUCCAUGUACACUGAUUUUCACUUUAUUGUGUUGACUUGGGAACACGACGUACAGCACAGUGACUGACAGCUGCCAGUCUUCACACUUGACACAGCCACGUCUACCCAUUCCUCCGGGAAGCCUGUGAGAUGUACAGAGGGUCCAUUCCCAAGAGCCCCGGGUGCUGAGCUUGCUUCCCUGGGACUGGCUGGCGCCUUCCCACAUUGGGUGUCACUGGCACAGCAAAGGAAAUGUGAUUUACAUUAUGUCAUGUAAGUAGAAAACAUUCCUGGCACAGUCCUUUUCCUCCAGUUUGUUUAUCUAGUUGUCAUUUUAUGGAAAAUGAUUCUCCGCAAGAUGAACAGUUGUGUUUGGUUAUUAGCGGUACUUUGGAAGGUUGGAUUGAGUUCACAGUUACGAGUUCAGCAUUGUCACCUGGUUUAUUUGCACACAAGCCUGUGAGGUGCUCACCAGAGCUGCGUUCCUUUGUGUUUAUUAGUGCAACUAUGGAAGGAAAUGUCUUCAAAUAAAAUAGUCCAUCAGUUUC